CCGCCGGUCCACGCCCGGCCCAGGCUCUCGCUCGCCCGGCGCCCACCGCCCCAGGAUGUUCAAGAAAUUUGAUGAAAAGGAGAACGUAUCAAACUGUAUCCAGCUGAAGACUUCAGUUAUUAAAGGUAUUAAGAACCAACUGAUAGACCAGUUUCCUGUUAUUGAACCAUGGCUAAACCAAAUUAUGCCAAAGAAAGACCCUGUCAAAAUAGUAAGAUGUCAUGAACAUAUAGAAAUCCUCACUGUGAAUGGAGAAUUGCUGUUCUUCAGACAAAGAGAAGGGAUUUUUUACCCAACACUAAGAUUACUUCACAAAUAUCCAUUUAUUCUACCACAUCAGCAGGUUGAUAAAGGAGCCAUUAAAUUUGUACUGAGUGGAGCUAAUAUAAUGUGUCCUGGCCUGACAUCUCCUGGAGCAAAACUUUACCCUGCUGCCGUUGACACUGUUGUUGCAAUAAUGGCGGAGGGGAAACAACAUGCAUUAUGUGUGGGAGUCAUGAAGAUGUCAGCUGAUGACAUUGAGAAGGUCAACAAAGGGAUUGGUAUUGAAAAUAUCCACUAUUUAAAUGAUGGUCUUUGGCAUAUGAAGACAUACAAGUGAAACAAAAGGAACUGUGUUACUCCAAGGGAAUGCACUUAGGUUAAAUGUGGACUGCUUUGUAAUUCCUCGUUUUUAAUGUGACUGAAUGUACAAAUUAUUUUGUUCUGUGGCAAUGCUAAAUAAAGCAAGUGAAUGCAAAAGUA